CUGUCCUCUGAUUUGUGUGUGUGAGAGAAACACACUCACAUUUCUGUUACAUGGUAAAGAGUAAGUGUAUUAUGGCUGUGUGUGUGUUUGAGAUCAGUGUUCUGAUAUUUCAUCAUUUCUCUUCCAGUCUGCGUGAGUGUAAACUGACAGAGGAAAGCUGUAGAGUUCUGUCCUCAGUUCUCAGAUCAAACUCCUCCAGACUGAGAGAACUGAACCUGAGUCACAAUAACCUGCAGGAUUCAGGAGUGAAGCUGCUCUCUGCUGGACUGGAGAAUCCACACUGUACACUGGAGAUACUGAGGAUGUGUUACUGCAGUAUUACAGAUGAAGGUUGUGCUGCUCUGGCUUCUGUAACCUGGAGACACUACACGUUAACUAUAAUACACUCACCAGGACCGGCGUAUGACGGGAGUCUCACCUCAAACCUCUUCUCCAGGAUAAAGCAGUCUUGGUGAAGAGUUAGAACCCGUCCCACAUUUCCAGCAGUUUGGGAGCUGAAUCAUUAAACUUAAAGGGGCAGAGCAGAAACAGUCAAGAACAGGCAGAAGGUCGUACACAGGAGAAAUCAACACACGUAACCAAAUAUCUGCUGUACAAAGCAACGGCACCGAUCUGCCCCGGGGAUGGAGACUGACGAGGCUUAAGUACAGGUCCGGAAAUGUACAGCCAACUCAUCCCAAAGCACGAGACGGGAGCAGGCGUGUACGGGAUGUGAUCGUCCAAUGGCAAGCAGGAACAUGACGCACCGCAGUAGACUGGGCUUAAAAGAGGAGGAGACAAGACACCCAUCCCUCCCCCGACAUAGACACACGAAUGGAACAUAGUACAAACAGAAAUACAACUGAGGACGUAACAAUGGCCAAGUAUCAAAUAAAAUGUAAACGUGCAUUGAUGAAGUUAAUGUUGUUAGUAAUUGUUUAUAAAUUACCAUGGUAACACGGAGCUCCAAGGUAUAAAAAUAUGGAGUUUGUCAUCAAUCAAACAGUAACCAGUUUUAAUACCUAAAAAAGUUUACGUAGCAAAAUUUAGCAAAGCGCUUUACAGUAAAUUAAAAUGUAAAAUUAAACUAAUGAAAUGUUGUGCAGCACAUGCUUAUGUUAAUGUUUGUUUCAUUAUAUGAUCAUAUAAAUAAAUAAAUACUCCCAAAGUCA